AUGAUCCCGAGGGUCCUCAAGAGAUCGAGGCCUUACAGCAGCAGCAACACAAAGCUUCUGGACCUCCCCAGAGAUAUCCUUGUCGAUAUAGUUCUGAGACUGCCCCUGAAAUCAGUUUCUUCCAUCCGAUGUGCCUCUAAGAGGUUGAACAACAUAGUCAACAAAAUUUUUGUUGCACAGUACACUCGGCGUCUACACAAUACUCUUCCUACUGGUGAAGUACCUCAACUUAUGCUUCUUGCUAGAUCACACGAGGGAAUCAAAACAGUAACGAAGACCUUCCACCCACUUCAAUACCACGGUGGCAACACCUUGAAUAUGAAAGAACAUGGAAAUGGCUCAGAGAUCAUAGUAAGCCAGAAGUGUACCUACGAGGUAGGUUGUGUUUUCGGCAACUUGAUUUGCUUUAAAGAUGUCAGUUAUGGAGGUCCGAGCUUCUUGUUGAAUCCUCUAAUGGGAGAAGUUCUACGGCUUCCGGCUAGUAAGGUGCCAAUCCCAGCCUCUAUUAGAUGUCGCCGUGAGCUUUUUGACUGGCUUGCUAUGGGAUUUGAUGACACAACCGGCACGCACAAGAUUCUUCGUGUUUGCGGUAAUUCACAGUACAAGAAUUACCUGGUGGCCCAAGUACUUGUAUUGGGCACAGAUUCAUGGCGAGAGAUACAUGCAGUUCCUCCUUGUAAUUUGAGCCACAAAAAUGCGUCUGCAUGUGGAGACAUGCAUUGGGUGAUUGACAAACAAUCGAGAACUAGAGUAAGGGGAGAAAGUAAUAUAGUUUCCUUCGACUUCAAGAAAGAGGAGUUUUAUUGGACUUCUCAUCCCAAAUUAAGAAGUCAGUUCUCCGACUUGAAUUUGGUUAAUCUGAAAGGACGCUUAGCAAUUUUGGAUGCUUGGUUACAUAACCAUGGCUUGUUCAUCGAGAUAUGGGUGUUGAAAAAUUAUGAAGUGAAAGAGUGGGUCCGAGAGUACUGCACAGAAACCAAAUUUGUGUUUCCUUGUUUUACGGGUAGUUUUGGUGAAUGGGAACAUGGUAUAUUUUUCAAAGAUGCAAUUAGCAGGGGGUUUCAGAACAGAUCUUGUGCAAUGUUUUUGGAUCUAAGAGGUAGUAGUGUUCAAGUGGAACUGGUGAAGUGUCCUAUAACAUUAAUGCAAAACUGGACUAUCAUCAGUUAUACUGAGAGCCUAAUUUCCCUAAAACAUUACGGCAAUUUGGUUGAAGCGGAAGCAUGUGAUGAGUACCGGAAGCAGCUUGGUUUCUCUGAAAAAUUAUGGCUAAUUGAUUAG